AUGUUUAAAAGUGCUAUAGAACAAGUUCGCAAAGCUAAUGAUGUCAUUCGUUCCAUUGACGACAAACCAAAAGAAGGUGAGAGAUGGUUAAAGAAAGAUGAAGAGAAUAGGAAGAGAAAUGUGAAGUCAGGCAAUAGACUCAUUGACUUUAACAUCGAAGCUUUAGAUGAACCAAACAGAGAAUAUUUACACAAACAUUUCGGUAAGGUUUUCAUAAGACUCUUAGAGAAAAUUAAAAUAAACUCACAACAGAGAUGGAUGGUAUGUUAUAAACUUGGUGGAAAGUAUGAAUGUUCUACGUUAAACCUCAAUAAUAUUGGAACAUUACUACAUCAGCUCUUGAAGGAGAACUUUAUAUCAGAGAUAGAAGCAAAUGCCGCAGGUAUUGUUGAAAUGCACUAUGACUUCUUCUUGACAAACAUAAAGAAUCUUACCGAAAUAAAGAUGUAUGAUUUAACAGAAUAUGAAGGCUUAACGAUGUCAGAUGUAAAGAAAGGCAAACCAAAAAAGAAACCAUAUAGAGAUGAAAGCACACUGACAAAUGACCAGAAAGCCAUUUUGGAAGCUCUUAAGCAAACAGGAAACCCAGCACUUAUAGAAAGCUUUUGGAAAGAUAAUGGUGAAAAGAAGUUUUAUAAGAAGAGAAGCGGUCAGUUCUGGAAGUAUCUUUGCACGUUACCUAUAAAUCUUGAACGCUACCAAAUCUUCAAUGAACUGAACAAAAGAACUGCAGCACUUAUGACAGAAGACAAUUGUUUCGUUUAUGCUUGCAUUCAAGCUGGAGUAGAUGAAGAAACUAUUGACCACAUGAGAGAAGUCAUUCGUGUUAGAGACUUUCCCCAAAGUAAAGUACAAGAAAUUUCCGAUUCAACAGGUAUAGCAUUCAAUGUUACCAUUGGUUAUUUCAAUGACUCAAGACAUAAUGAAAUAAAGAGAUAUAUACCAAAAGAAUGUGAAACUGUUCGAACUAUUGACUUACUUCUUGUUGAAGACCACUACAUGCUAAAUGAAAGACUUCCAAUGACAACAUACUUCAUUCGCAACUAUAAAGAAAUUCUCAAAGCUU